GAAUGGGCUAACGCAUGUUUAAAAACAGGAAAAUACUGAUGUGGUCUAGUGAUUAAUUCAUUAGGCGUACGGUAGUAUUUGGGUCCACGUUUAGGCUUAACCUCUUAGUUGCCAGAACGUACUGAACGCGUUUUCUUCUUUCUGGCUGCCAAGGAGUUAAGUAAUGGAAGACCGACUUCGAUACCCGUAUAGUUGGGUAGGCCAAGUGGAUGACGAGAUAUGGCGGAAGUGCUCGGGAGCUGAGGAGUGCAGCUCAAUGAGAAGAAGCAAAUGGGACCAGCCAGGACCUAUUGCAGCAACUCUCCUGCACCCUGGAGUGAUGUCCUCUGUGGCCACCUUACCAACCAUACCUACUAUACCUGCCCUCAAUAUGGCUGGUGUAUACAUGGCUCCUGUAGAAACACCACCUCUAAAUACUUUAUCCGAAAGUGUCAGUGCUCCCUGUGGGGCCCUUGAUGCUGCAGCAGCUGUAGCUGCAAAGAUUAAUGCUAUGCUCGUGGCAAAGGGGAAAAUCAAGCCUGCACAGAAUACACCAGAGAGGCAGAUUCAUACACCUGGUAAACCGCCUUCUGCUACAAAAAGCAAAGAUGACUUGGUGGUUGCAGAAGUUGAAAUCAAUGAUGUCCCUCUUACCUGCCGAAAUCUUCUAACAAGGGGGCAGACACAAGAUGAGAUUAGUCGGAUAAGUGGAGCUGCAGUAUCCACCCGCGGAAGGUAUAUGACAUCAGAGGAGAAAACUAAAAUAGGACCUGGAGACCGGCCACUGUAUCUGCAUGUUCAGGGUCAGACUCGAGAACUCGUUGAUCGGGCUGUAAAUCGAAUAAAGGAAAUAAUCACCAAUGGAGUUGUAAAAGCAGCUACAGGUGCCAGUCCAACGUUCAAUGGAGCCACAGUAACAGUGUAUCACCAGCCUGCUCCUGUGGCAACACUACCUCCAGUUGCUCCACCAAAGCCUCAGUUCCAGUCAGGGAUGCACUAUGUUCAAGAUAAACUAUUUGUGGGUCUGGAACAUGCAUUGGCUCAUUUCAAUGUGAAGGAGAAAGUAGAAGGACCAGCUUGCUCCUACCUCCAGCACAUCCAGAUAGAGACAGGAGCCAAAGUCUUCUUGCGUGGAAAGGGGUCAGGUUGCAUUGAACCUGCUUCAGGAAGAGAAGCUUUUGAACCCAUGUACAUCUAUAUUAGUCACCCAAAACCAGAGGGCCUUGCAGCUGCCAAGAAACUGUGCGAGAAUCUCUUACAAACAGUCCAUGCAGAAUAUGCUAGGUUUGUCAAUCAAAUAAGCACAGCUGCGCCUAUUUCUGGGUACGCACAGCCACCCCCCAUCGGCACAGUGCCUCUACAGCCCCCAUACUAUCCAUCAAACGGAUUCCAGAGUGGAUUUUCUGUGUGCCCACCACCACUUCAGCAGCCAGUUCCUGUACCAUAUGUGGUUCCAGUAGGCAGUACUGUGCCUCCAUCUACUGGUGUUAUGCCCCCUCUGUCUGCUCCUGUACCCCCAGUGCCAACACGCUAUCCAAUUCCACAAGUACAGCCUCAGGUCACCACAAUUCCUGCACCCUUAAGUAGUCCUUAUGCACCUGUGGCCCUUGUCAAAUCAACUGCUCCCCAUACGAUGCCUCCUUUGCCUCAAGGACAGAAGAGACGUUUCACAGAGGAGCUUCCAGAUGAGGAAGAGUCCGGGCUGCUGGGAUACCAGCAUGGACCCAUUCAUAUGACUAAUUUAGGUACAGGCUUACCGGCCCAGAUCAAGGUGGAUAGACCUGCAGUCAAACCGGAUAGCAACUCAACCAGGGAACGAGAGAGGGACAGUCAGCUGAUGCCUCCACCUUGUUUACCAGUCGUAGCACAGCAAGAAGCUGAAGAAAAUGCCUCCUGGACUUUAGGGGCUACAGAUGAUAACCCUAACAAAAAGCUGAAGACAUCAGAGAAACAUACUGGAUUAGUGGCAUAUGCAGGAGACUCAUCUGAUGAGGAGGAAGAUCACAAUGGAAUCAAGAAUGCAGGCUCUUACACUCAAGGUUGGAAUGUAGGAUAUCAAUAUCAAGGCUCUCAGUCGCGGGGAAAGCAACAGAUGCCCUUCUGGAUGGCACCUUAGGCUUACCUGUGAUUCUAAUUUUCUCCAACAACUUGUAGCAAUAAUUUAGCAUGUACAUUUCAUGACAGCUUUUUAUGGGGGGGGGGGUUUCCUCCAUGAUCUUUCAAAGAUGCUGAAGGAUAUCAUGGAGUGGGAUGCAUUAAUAAACUUUAACUGCCCCUUUUUGUACCAAAAAAGCUAAAAAAAAAAAAAAAUUGCUUCAUAUGGUGCCUGAGAGACUGUUUGACAUGAUAGUCACUAUACAGCAUCAUUCAAUAUUAAAGGAUUAAUUCAAGAAACUGCCUUCUGUAUUGAGAAAAUGACUACGGAAAAAUCUGUCAGCUGGUCAUUGAAGAAAAUGUGGACUGAAGAUAAGGCAUCCCUAUUAGAGCUUUACAAGUCCUGAGCGUGUGGGAUAUGGGUUAAUUGUAUCACUGCAUUUUAGCAGUUUGACAAAGUUAUAGUCUAUCUGGAUAAAAAUAUUAAGUUAAUCAGCUUCUCGACUCACAACAGCUGAUUUCUGAAUCCUUUUUACAUUGGUAAUAUUACUAUUACACUGUAUUUGUCAUAUUUAUAUUUCAGUAUUUGUGUUUUUAAGCACAUUAAAAUGUGUUUAAUUUUAUUUUCAUUUGUCAUCUAAAAUACACCAGCCAGAUUGUGAAUAAUUUGAAAGCCACAAGUAUCAUGUUGUAGGACUAAGAUGCACAUUUUUAAAUUAUAUUUCUGAGAUCUUUUAAAUGUAUAAUUUAUAUUUAGCCAACUAUACCUUGUCACCCAGUUCACAGUCCAACAGGGUGAAUCAUUGGGACCAAGUAUAAUUCCAUAGCAGAAAAUGUUAAAAUAGGCUACAAACACCACAAUACAUUGUCCUAUGCAAACAGCCUAGAUUUAGAAAAGGAAAUCUGUAUCCCUCUAACCAAUGCAUACAAAGUUUUUUUUUUGCCUGCAUGUUGCUUUCCAAACUUAAUUCUCCUCUUGUCUGUAGGUAAUGUUGCCAGUAUCUCUCAUGCACAUCCAGGAAAUUCUGACUUAAGCUUUAUACAAAUUUGUACUAGAUUGUUGCUGUAGUGAAUAGGAAUUCAGGAUCCUACUGUGUGCCCAUCCACCUGCCAAAAAAUGUACCGCUAAAAAUGUUUUUCCUGUAAAUAUUUGGAACCCACUUUAAUGUAAAUAAAUGUAUACAUAUGCUUA